AUGAAUGUGUUGAGUCCGAGAAACACUGACAUUCCGACUAAGAAGGAGCAAGUUUUCUCAACCAACUCUGACAACCAGCCCAGUAUGCUGAUCCAGGGAGUUCCUCAAAUCCAUCUGUGCGUUGAGAUUAAUGCCAACGGUAUUUUGGAUGUCUCUGCCGAGGAUAAAACCACUGGAAAUAAGAGCAAAACUACAAUCACCAAUACGGGCUGGCUCUCCAGGGAAGAGAUGGAGAAGUUAGUGGAGGAGGUUGAGAAGUACAAGGAUGAGGACAAGGAGUAUAACAUGAAGGGCUAG